GCCUCAUGGCGUUCGCGGCGGAGUGAAACCGGGCUUCUUCACACGACCCUCUCCGCGGUCGCGGCCGGGGCCCAGCAGCGUGUGCGCCCUAAGAAGCCGGGUGCAGGCUAGGAGAGGCUGCAGCCUUCCGGCUGCCUCCUGGCGGCCCUCCCGACGCCCGCGGGCCCCGUGGUGCCCACAGCACACUCCUGCCCCUCGCGAGCCUCCCCCGGGCCGCGCUCACCGGCUACUAGCCCCGGGGCCUUCUCCGCGAAGUUACGGACGAGCUUGGCCAUCGUCUAGGGUGGAAGGUCCGUCUCCUCGAACCGCCGGCUGAAUGUCACCCUCGGAAGGACCCGUGGCAGGCCCCCUGCCCGACUUCCAAGAGGUGACAUGGAAACAAAGGAGCCUACUAAAAAGAAGGCACUUAUGGAGGAAAGGCCCACAUGACUACAAGAAAGGUCAAGAAAAAAUGUGAAGGGGACUGUUUGAGCACUACUACCCUUCAAUAAGGAGAAAAAUCAUUGCAUUGUGAACUUCAGGUGACAGAAGACACAUUUCUUAACUGGCUUGUACUGAGAACUGAUUCCUGCACCAACUCAGCAUGGCCUAUAGAGGAGGAGGUGGGCAUGGGCAGCGCCCCUCAGUGAUGCCGUCCACCAACAGCACCCGCACACAUAAUAUAUGCAUGGUCUCUGACUUUUUCUACCCAAACAUGGGAGGUGUGGAAAGCCACAUUUACCAGCUCUCUCAGUGCCUCAUUGAGAGGGGGCACAAGGUCAUAAUUAUCACCCAUGCUUACGGAAAUCGAAAGGGCAUCCGUUACCUCACCAAUGGCCUCAAAGUUUAUUACUUGCCCCUCAGAGUCAUGUACAACCAAUCUACAGCCACGACUCUCUUCCACAGUCUGCCAUUGCUCAGGUACAUAUUUGUCCGGGAGAGAGUUACCAUAAUCCAUUCCCACAGUUCUUUUUCUGCCAUGGCCCAUGACGCUCUCUUCCACGCCAAGACAAUGAGACUUCACACAGUUUUCACAGAUCAUUCCCUUUUCGGAUUUGCUGAUGUCAGCUCUGUGCUUACAAACAAGCUUCUAACUGUGUCUCUCUGUGACACAAACCACAUCAUUUGUGUCUCUUACACAAGUAAGGAAAACACUGUACUGCGGGCAGCACUAAACCCUGAAAGAGUGUCCGUCAUUCCUAACGCUGUAGAUCCUACUGACUUCACCCCAGGACCACUUAGGCGGCAUGGCGGUGUAAUAACCAUUGUUGUCGUGAGCAGACUGGUUUACAGAAAAGGGAUCGACUUGCUUAGUGGUAUAAUACCCGAACUCUGUCAGAAAUAUCCCAAGUUAAAUUUCCUAAUUGGGGGAGAGGGACCAAAGAGCAUCGUUUUGGAAGAAGUACGGGAAAGAUACCAACUACAUGACAGAGUGCAUCUUUUGGGAGCUUUAGAACACAAGGAUGUCAGAAAUGUCUUAAUUCAAGGACAUAUUUUUCUUAACACCUCCCUGACCGAAGCCUUCUGCAUGGCGAUCCUGGAAGCCGCCAGCUGUGGUCUACGGGUUGUUAGCACCAAGGUUGGUGGGAUCCCUGAAGUGCUUCCGGAGAAUCUUAUUAUUUUAUGUGAACCUUCGGUAAAAUCUUUGUGUGAAGGGCUGGAAAAAGCUAUUUUCCAAGUGAAGUCGGGGAUGUUCCCAGAUGCAGAAAAUAUCCACAAUGUAGUGAAGGCUUUCUACACCUGGCGGAACGUGGCCGAGAGAACUGAGAAGGUGUACGAGAGGGUGGCGAGGGAAACUGUGCUGCCGAUGCAUGAGAGGCUGACCAGGCUCACCUCCCACUGUGGCCCACUUACAGGCCACAUUUUCGCUUUGCUGGCUGUCUUCAGCUAUCUCUUCCUCAUGUUCCUGAGAUGGAUGACUCCCGAUUCUGUCAUCGAUGUGGCAAUAGAUGCCACUGGACCAAGGGGAGCGUGGACUCAUGAAUGCCCUCAUGAUACAAAAGGAGAUGAGAUUGACAAGGUAUCCAAGAGCGAGCCUGAACUGUAAACUUUAGACAGUUCUAUUAAUACAACUGAAAAAUAACCUUGUUCUUUUGUUUUGGGGCUUUGAAGUUAACUUGGUAAACCAUGCUACCUCUGUAGCAUUCACCGUUUCAUUUGAGGAAAGCUGAACACUCACAUGAUUCCUGAGCUCAGAAGCUCCUUAACUCCUUUGAGGGAGACCAGUUUGGCCACUCAGGUUUGAAAGUUUCAGAUUACUGAAAUCCCUCCAGUGGAGAUGUUUUAGCAUUACACUUUGGGAGCCUUGGGUGCUAGGUCAUUUUUGGCCAGUUUUUAACAUUAUACCAUCAAUUCAACAUCCACCAGACACAUACAAGCUUUCUUUAGGGAGAUGUAAAGUUAUGUGAACUAUUUUAAGUCAAGUUGAUGUUUCUUUAUUGGACCCUGAGAUUAUACUCUUACACAUGGGUCUACUCAGUAAGUGUACCAUACAAUCUGAGCAAUUUGCCAACAUGUUUUGAGUACCUGCUCUGUUUGAAAUGUUGGACAGGUAGUGCCUGCCACUUAGGACUAGUUAAUGUGAUGCAGUCAAACAGUUAACAUGUCCCAAAUGCUCAAGUUACUUAAUUUGAGGAAAAUGCCACAUCACAUACUCUUAGUACCUCUCUAAUCUGGCUGUAUGCAUUCUCCUAGGUGGACACUUCAUAUCAUGUGUGUAUGAAGAGAUUUUGCUUUUCAAGUCCUAGGGGUUGGUACCACUGUUGUAGGCUUAAAAAAUUACUUAUUAUUGUUGUGUGUUUAUGACAUGUAUGUAGGGUAGAACAAUGUGUUUCUGUAUACAGACCUUGAUUAUAACUGUCAGUGUAUGUGGAAACACACUGUUCCACCCAGCUAUUUAUAAUUAAAGUGAAGUGAACAUUGAGGAAUUUUCUAAAAAGUUGUAUUUUUUUUUUAAUUGCAUUGCUUCUGAUGUUAUAGUUGCAUGCAUAAACCAAGGCUGUUAAAACAUGCUCAUGACCAAAAAUAAAGACGAGAA